UUUCCUUCUGGAUAUCACAUCAAUGGUCUCAAACCAUUAACAUGAUAGGCAUAGCCACUAUUUUAAUUAGACUUUUUCAUGAGAAUUUGGAGUAAGACAAAUCCACGGAUAUGAUAUAGAACUCCUAGCUGUAUGUUUUCAUGGCAACACCAAGGUUGUCCGUUGUCUUCUCUACUUCUCUAUCUCUACUACUAUUAAAAGAGCAAACUACAGUUAUUUUACAACCACCCAAACAAGUGUACACAGAACAAUCAGAACCCUCAGAUCUAAUCCAUUUAGUCAAAUCUAACAGUAUAUAAUGACCCGAUGGUCUGCCAGCCGAUUGAACGGCUGGGAUUCAAUGUUCUGCCGCGGCAGACCAUGGUCGCGCACCUGACGACCGAUGUGAUCCGUAAUUUUAGGAUCACCCUCAACUUCCCUCCCCUAAAAUUCGCACAGAUUCGCUCCAUCCCCAACCUCCCCGGCGCCCUACCGCCUCCUCCCCUCAUCGCCGCCCCUCGCCAGCCGUCCGUCCUGCACGCAGACUCUAGCUGCCGACCCCGUCUGGUCUGCCCACAGACCCUCCGCUCCCUCCCCGCCGUCCUUCACUUCUGCCCCUGCCGCCCCUCUCUCUUGCAGCGGAGCAGAAGCAGAAGCGCCGGGAGAAGAUCAACCGACGAUUCAUUGAGCUAUCCACCGUCAUCCCCGGCCUCAAUAAGAUGGACAAGGCGAUGAUCCUUUCGGACACCAUGAAGUACGCAGUAGCAGGAAAAUCUCAAGGCACUCGAGGACGCAACGUCCAGAGCAUCCAGUCUGCGGUGCUCGUCAGGAAGUUGUGCACAGCUGCACCGGAAGACGCCGGCGGCUGCUGCCUGUCAUCUUCUGCAGCGGCCGUAGCUGGAAGCACGACGCCGACGACCGGGAAAGUGCUGCUGGAGGUAGAGCUCCCCUCUUAUUGUUUUCCAUAUCCCCUUUCUUUCAAAAUUCUGAAACCAAAGAUACAGAUCCACCGACGUUGCGCUCGAUCAUGAAUAUUGCAUCCUUGCACCUGAAGACGUCUAUAAUAUCUACCUGCAUGCUUAGGCUAGCGCUUGUGUAUGUGCAUGUUGCCGUAUGCUUCCAAUCGGUUCAUAAGAAAUCCAUCUUAUAUGUGCAUACCU